UGAAAAAACGAUUUGAAUAUUUACUCGCUGGAAAAUUAUAUUUCUACAAGCAUCUCCUCUCUACCCCUUAUAUGGCCUUCCCCUUAUAUGGCCUUCUCCUUUCCUCCUUUAUAUAGUACACAGCGCCAGUACGUGGUCAAUCAUUGCAGCACAGGAAUUCUCUUCAUGGAGGCAUUCUUACUGAAUACGGUGUUGAGAGCACUGCUUUUCUAUUCACGGUUUAGAAACGUUUGUAACAUGAUGAUCGCAGUGCCUCGGUCAAAGCAGAUAUGGAAGUCAAGCUGAAAGCACUUGACUGUCACUUCACAUGGGGCAUAAAGAAGGCUCACAUUAAGGACCUGGACAGCAUCCCUGAAAAGCUCCUGGAUCGAAUCAUGAAGUUCUGCCCUUCAAAAUACCAUGUCACGUAUUUCAACUUACUAGCGUUCCUGAGCCACCUGGAGGAAAAUAAUGUUAGUGCUCUUGAGUAUCUCCACAAGGCUGAGAGUGCAAUGAAGGACAGGCAGUAUGAGACAGGGUUACUGGUGACCUAUGCUAACUAUGCAUGGGUUCACUAUCACUUAGGGAACAUGGAUGAGGUGGAUGCCUACCUUGGGAAGCUGGAAAACAUCAAUAAGGGUAUUCCAAUGGCCUCAAAGAUUCAAGGCAGCUUACCUUCAAUACAUGGUGAGAAAGGUUGGAGCCUUAUCAGGCUUGGGGCAUUCUUUUAUAAAAGGGUAAAAGAAAGCUUUCAGAAAGCUCUAGAGGGGGAGCCAAACAAUGCUUCUUUCAAUGUGGGCUAUGCCAUGGUCCUGUACAGGUUGGAGGGCAUGGUUAGGGAUAACAAAGUGAGGUCUGAGGAAAGUGAAGCUACCACUCAGCUAAGGAAAGCCUUAUCAUUGGAGCCUGAUAACUCUGAGGUUAUGGUCCUCCUAGCCCUGAAGCUUCAGAACAAAAAUAAACAAGAGUCCAUGAAACUCAUCACAGAAGCCCUCAGACUGUCUCCUGAUGUGCCUCACGUCAUGCGUUACGUGGCAAAGUUUUUCAGAUACGAGGGCUCCGUCAAUGAGUCCCUACACAUUUUGGGGAAAGCUCUGGAGCUGUCUCCAAACUCCCACUUCCUCCAUCACCAAAUUGGCCUGUGUCACAAACAGCAGCUCAGUCAGAUGUUCGAGCAGAAGAGGAAAGGGGGACGAGUCAGUGGGGGCCAGAUAAAAGCAAAGGUGGAGGUCUGCAUCCGUCACUUCUCCAGAGCCGUGGAGCUGAAGCCCUCCAACAUUCACGCCAGGGUGAACCUGGCUGAGGCCUACGGGAACAACUACCAGCUGGAAGAGGCGAUGAAGAUCUUCAUCAACCUGGUGAAAGAUGAAUCCCUCAAUGACUCUGACAAGCAGCACUGCUACACCAGCUUCGGCCUGUUUCUGUUCCACAAGAAGAAAGAUGAGGGCAGGGCUGUGACACAAUUCAAAAAGGCCUACCAGAUACAGAAUGAGAGUUGGGACAGGAAGGAGGCUGGGAAGAAGCUUAAGCAGAUAGCAGAGAGGUGCCAGACUAACAAGAGGAGAGUUGGCGAGGCCUCUGAGAUUUUGGCGUUCCUCGCCACUGAAGACAAAGAGGAGCCAAGGAGAGUCAAUGUGCACUCUCCAGACACAGAUGACCUUACAGAUGCCCUAGGCAAAGGAAUGAAACUCAAAUGAUAUAUUUUAUUGUAACACAACGCAUGGCUUACAUAAGAAUACUGCUACAAGCAUUUUAAUGGUUUUAAUCGUGGAGUAACAUUUACUUCAAGUUGCAUGUAUGCCUCUUAAGUUUGAUUUAGUGUAAGAAAUUGCAAAGAAAAUUUGAGUAAGAUUCUAUUACUUUUGUGAGAUUUUUUUUUAAUGUCUUUGGAUGUGUCCCCUAUAGCGUAGAUGAUUAGAUAUCUUCAUUGACUGUUAAACUGUUGCUUGACCUGACAUUAACAUUCUGAAGAGGUAAUAAAACACAGUACCAAAGUCUU